GCGGCCGGAGCCGUCACCCCGGGCGGGGACCCUGCGCAGGCGACUCGGCGCGGGAGGGAGCGAGCGAGAGAGCGGGCGGGAGGCAGCCGCUGGCGCCCGAGGGGCCGAGCGAGAUUGUAAACAUGGCUGUGUGGAUACAAGCCCAGCAGCUCCAGGGCGAAGCUCUGCAUCAGAUGCAAGCAUUAUAUGGUCAGCAUUUCCCCAUUGAGGUGCGGCAUUAUUUAUCCCAGUGGAUCGAAAGCCAAGCUUGGGACUCAAUAGAUCUUGAUAAUCCACAGGAGAACAUUAAGGCCACCCAGCUCCUGGAGGGCCUGGUGCAGGAGCUGCAGAAGAAGGCGGAGCACCAAGUGGGGGAAGAUGGGUUUUUACUGAAGAUCAAGCUGGGGCACUAUGCCACGCAGCUGCAGAACACGUAUGACCGCUGCCCCAUGGAGCUGGUCCGCUGCAUCCGCCACAUCUUAUACAAUGAACAGAGGCUGGUCCGAGAAGCCAACAAUGGUACUUCUCCAGCUGGAAGUCUUGCUGAUGCCAUGUCCCAGAAACACCUUCAGAUCAACCAGACAUUUGAGGAGCUGCGACUGGUCACACAGGACACAGAGAAUGAACUGAAGAAGCUGCAACAGACUCAAGAAUAUUUCAUCAUCCAAUAUCAAGAGAGCCUGAGGAUCCAGGCUCAGUUUGCGCAGCUGGCCCAGCUGAAUCCCCAGGAGCGUCUGAGCCGGGAGACGGCCCUCCAGCAGAAGCAGGUGUCCCUGGAGGCCUGGCUGCAGCGCGAGGCCCAGACGCUGCAGCAGUACCGAGUGGAGCUGGCCGAGAAGCACCAGAAGACCCUGCAGCUGCUGCGGAAGCAGCAGACCAUCAUUCUUGAUGACGAACUGAUCCAGUGGAAGCGGCGGCAGCAGCUGGCCGGGAAUGGAGGCCCCCCCGAGGGCAGCCUGGACGUGCUACAGUCCUGGUGCGAGAAGUUGGCCGAGAUCAUCUGGCAGAACCGGCAGCAGAUCCGCAGAGCUGAACACCUCUGCCAGCAGCUGCCCAUCCCCGGCCCGGUGGAGGAGAUGCUGGCCGAGGUCAAUGCCACCAUCACAGACAUCAUCUCAGCCCUGGUGACCAGCACAUUCAUCAUCGAGAAGCAGCCCCCUCAGGUCCUGAAGACCCAGACCAAGUUUGCAGCCACCGUGCGCCUGUUGGUGGGCGGAAAGCUGAACGUGCACAUGAACCCCCCCCAAGUGAAGGCCACCAUCAUCAGUGAGCAGCAGGCCAAGUCGCUGCUGAAGAACGAGAACACCCGCAAUGAUUACAGUGGAGAGAUCUUGAACAACUGCUGCGUGAUGGAGUAUCACCAGGCCACCGGCACCCUCAGCGCCCACUUCAGGAACAUGUCCCUGAAACGAAUUAAGAGGUCUGACCGUCGUGGAGCAGAGUCAGUGACAGAAGAGAAAUUUACAAUCCUGUUUGAAUCACAGUUCAGUGUUGGUGGAAAUGAGCUGGUUUUUCAAGUCAAGACCCUGUCCCUCCCGGUGGUGGUGAUUGUUCACGGCAGCCAGGACAACAAUGCGACGGCCACUGUCCUCUGGGACAAUGCUUUUGCAGAGCCUGGCAGGGUGCCAUUUGCCGUGCCUGACAAAGUGCUGUGGCCGCAGCUGUGUGAAGCACUCAACAUGAAAUUCAAGGCCGAAGUGCAGAGCAACCGAGGCCUGACCAAGGAGAACCUUGUGUUCCUGGCGCAGAAAUUGUUCAACAGCAGCAGCAGCCACCUCGAGGACUACAACAGCAUGUCCGUGUCCUGGUCCCAGUUCAACAGGGAGAAUUUACCAGGACGGAAUUACACUUUCUGGCAGUGGUUUGAUGGUGUGAUGGAAGUGUUAAAAAAACAUCUCAAGCCUCAUUGGAAUGAUGGGGCUAUUUUGGGUUUCGUGAACAAGCAGCAGGCCCACGACCUCCUCAUUAACAAGCCUGAUGGGACUUUCCUGCUGAGAUUCAGUGACUCUGAAAUUGGUGGCAUCACCAUUGCUUGGAAGUUUGAUUCUCAGGAAAGAAUGUUUUGGAAUCUGAUGCCUUUUACCACCAGAGACUUCUCCAUCCGGUCCCUGGCUGACCGCUUAGGGGAUCUAAAUUACCUAAUCUACGUGUUUCCUGAUCGGCCAAAAGACGAAGUGUACUCCAAAUAUUACACACCAGUUCCAUGCGAGCCUGCCACUGAAAGGAUAGAAAAGAAAAUAGAUACCACACAUCUCUCAUCUACAGAUGAAUCCCUGUAAACAAUUUAGUGAAUAUUCUUCCAGUCUAUAUAGGCAUGUAUUCUUCACUCAUUCAUUCAGUCACCAGAUGCUUAUUAGUACUUCCUGUGUGGAGGUUACAAUCUGGUAGCAGAAGGAAGACAGUAAACAAGUAAGAAAUAAAUGUAUUUAUUUUGUGAUGAAGGCUAUGAAGACAGGUAGGCAAGGGAGAGGGAUAAAGAAGUGACAGGGAGGAGGAUGGGGGGUAGCGUUCACUAGAGUGAUCAGGGAGGACUUCUCUGAGGAGGUGACAUCAGAAUAGACCUGAACGAAGUGAGGAGGCUAGCCACACAAAGAUCUAGAGAGAAAACAUUCUAGACUGAGAGAACUAGUACAGAAACCCUGAGGUGGGAGUGAGGUUGGUGUGUUUGAAAAACGUCACAAGGCCCUGGGGGCUGGAGCUGGAUGAGCAGGGAAGAAAGUGGUAGGAGAUGAGGGCAGAGCAGUAGGAGGGGCCAGUGGAGUCUAGUAAAAGGUUUGAGUCAUACUGCACGUCAUCUUUUGUGACCUGAUUUUUUUUUCACCUAAAAACGUAUCAUAGGCAGAGUCGCAGGUCGGUAAAUAUAAUCUUAAAACAUCAUUUUAACGAUUGCAUAGAAUUCUAUUUUAUGGUGAUUCCAUGUUUGUUAUUUAAGAUACUUAUAAUUUAAGUCAUUCAGUUUUUUGUUGUGAUUAAUAUUGAGAUAACCUGAUACAUACAUCUUAUUCAGCUAUUUCCUUAGGAUAAAUUCUGAAAGUAGAAUUUGUGUCAAAGGGUAUAUACUUUUUAAGCAUUUUGACACAUCUUUCCAGAAUUGCCUUCCAGAAAGCAGAAUUUGUUUUCACUCCCACGGAUGUCUGUUGGAGUAUCUGCUUCUGCAUCUUUCUGCCAAUCAUAGAUUCUGUGCAUCCAUUUUCUGUUUGCCAGUCAGAUUGACAUAAAAAUGGUAUCUUAGUUCUUAUUUUAAUUUCUUUGAUUCUAGGUAAGGUCAAAACAUCAUUUCAUAUAAUGUUAAUAACAAUAAUAAUAAAUAGAAUAAUAACAUUUGUUGCAUGCUUACUGUGUGCUGGGCACUUUUCUGGGCACAUUUUCAUGUAGUAUCUCAUUUAAUCCUCGAAACAGGUCUGUGAUGUGGGUACUGUUACUAGUCCCCAUUUUACAUAUGAGAAACUGAGUCACAAAGAUAUAAAAUAAUUUGCAAAGGCUGCACAGCUAGGAAGUGGCCAAGCCAGGACUUGAGCUCAAACAGUCUAGCUCCAGAGCCUAUAUUUUUUAACCAGCACAUUGUUGGCCAUUUGUAUUUUUUUCUGUGAAGUGCGUUCAUAUUCCUUUUUUUCUCGUUUUUCUUCUGGAGUUCCUUUUUUCGUUAAUGGUGUAUAAGUAUUUUUAUAUAGUAAAUAAACCCUUUAUUAUAUAUAGCAAAUAUUUUUCUCAGUGUGUCAUUGUUCUUUUAACAUUUAAGGUUUGUUUUGCUGAAGUGCAAAGACUUGUGUUUUCUAUAUAGCCCAAUCUAUCGACUUUUUUCCUUUAUAGAUUCUGUCUUUUGUAUCAUGCCUUCCCACCCUAAGAUUGUAGUUAUAUUUCUAGGUGGGAAGAUAAGCCAAAAUAUUUUUAGAUUGAUGUGGUAUUUUGGAUUAAACCCGUCACUGCUGCUUUUUAUUAGCACAGCUAAUCUAGAUUUUUAACCUAUUUUUUACAGCAUUUCUCCGAUUUUUAUCUUUUCUGCCAAUCUGUAAUUUCUCUGCAGACUAGAAAGCACAAAAAGCAUGAGAUAUUGUGAAAAGGUGGCUGCUGAUAUUUGAAGCCGCUGGGAGGAGCAGGUUAGGAUGACAAGCAGUUUGUAACGGUGUGGCACUUCACUGCCUUGGGCUGUUUCUCUGACCAGCUCUUCAUCUGUUGACCUUAGUGUCAUCUUUAUUGUCUAAUACAGUGAAGAUUAUACUUCUUCCCAUACUCAUAUACCCAGGAAACAAGACUUCAUUACCAACUUCAGGCUGUCACAUUUCUGCUACCUACUUAACUGGAUUUCCAUAAUCACCCUUCGAAAAGGUCACUAUGGCUGACCAGAUCACUUUCAGGUUUAUCCCCCAGCCAACCACAUCCCAGGGGAGAUUCUGUGGAGAGGGAAAGAGAGACACAAUGCCAGCAUUCUUUUUAACCAGCCAUGGGGCACAGACAGCACUCACUGGCAUGAGCCGCCCUCAGAUUUUCCCAAGUGCAGAAACCCCAGGGGCACGAAAGAGCACGCAGAUACCUGAGGGACAUCCCCUUUCCUAAGAGUAGAUACUCAGGGUAACUUUGAGGAUCAUGAAGUCAAACUAAUUCCUCUCUAAUGCUUAGAUUCUUCUGUGCCUCCCUGACAAGUGUUUGUACACGUUGUGCUUGAAAACCUCCAAUGACAAGGAAAUAAGUUCUUCUCAAGACAGCCCAUUGCCUUUUUUGGGCAGUUCUGACUAUGAUGACAUUCUUCCUUAUAUGACUAAGAAUUUGUCCUCUUCCGACCUCCUCCUGUUGGUCCGAAUUUUGUCCCCUGGGACACAGAGCAAAUCCUGUGCCUCUGCUGCAUCUUCGACUUUAAAGUUUUUAAGAUACUUUUUCUUUUUACAGUUAGUAAGCAAUGAAUGCUUGAUUUAGAUUUGUAUUGAACUAUAUAUUUUCUGUGGUUUCAAGAAUUUAUUAACACAUCCAAGCCAACUUGGAAAAUAUCUUAAGGUGCGGUUUUAGUAUUCAGGCUUCUCCUCUACCAGGUCUUCCUAACAGGUUGAAAUAUUAAGCGCUUGUAUCAGAUCCUAAGAUAAAAUUAAGCGGUUGUGUCUUAUCCUAAGGAAAGAUGUGAUUCUUAAGGGAGGUUGCAUUUUUUAUUUCAUUUGAGAACUUUGGUUCUCAUCACGG